UACCAAAAAUGAAUUUGUACAAUUGCUUUCAGUUAUUGUAAAACAUAAAUAGAUUAUAUUAUCACAAUUAUAAAAUAGUUACGAACAGAGGUGAUGGCUACAAGUGAACGAAUGUUAAAUUACAAAAACCGAGCAAAAUCUGACAAAGACGAAGUUAGACGUAAACGUGAAGCUGAAGGAAUACAACUCAGAAAGCAGAAACGAGAUGAACAAGUAUUUAAAAGACGUAAUUUGACCCCUGAAGAUUUGAUAGAUGACCCCACUGCUCAAAUAAAUUCUGAUUCCGAAGAGAAACGCCCAACACUUGAAGAACAAGGUGUUUUACCAAAUUUGUUAUCAAAAGAACAUGCUGAGCAAUUGUAUAUUACACAAGAAGUACGUAGAAUGUUAUCGAAAGAGCCCAACCCCCCUAUUGAUGAGGUAAUACAGACAGGAGCUGUCCCAAUCUUUGUUCAAAUGCUUCAUCGUAACGAUAGUCCUGCUUUGCAAUUUGAAGCAGCUUGGGCAUUAACGAAUAUUGCGUCCGGUACAAAUUGGCAAACUGGUGUUGUAGUAGAAGCAAAUGCUGUUCAGUCAUUUACUUCUCUACUUCAUUCUGGCCAUGUAGAAGUACAAGAACAAGCUGUGUGGGCUUUAGGUAACAUAUCAGGCGACGGACCUCAAUUUCGUGAUUAUGUUUUGAACUGUGAUGUCUUGCCAUCUUUGCUUAAGCUUGCACUUAUACCAAACAGACCCUCUAUGACAAAAAACAUAGUUUGGGCAAUUUCAAAUUUAUGUCGUGGUAAAGUUCCACCUCCAGAUUUUGAAAAAGUAAAACAUUGCUUGCCAGUAUUAGCAAGAUUGUUAUUUCAUUCGGAUGCUGAUAUUUUGACUGAUGCUUGUUGGGCUUUAUCAUACUUAUCAGAUGGUUCCAAUGAUAAAAUACAAGCAGUAAUUGACAGUGGGGUAUGUAGAAGAGUUGUAGAAUUACUUUCCCAUACAGAGCUGUCUGUUGUUUCAAGUGCACUUAGAACUGUGGGUAAUAUCGUCACAGGUGAUGACGUCCAAACUCAAAUUGUACUGAAUUGUUCAAUAUUACCCGCUCUUGAAAAAUUAUUGACCUCACCUAAGGAAUCUAUAGCAAAAGAAUCAUGUUGGACAAUCUCUAAUAUUGUUGCAGGGAAUAGAACACAAAUUCAGCAAGUAAUCAAUGCAAAUGUCUUCUCUACACUUAUUUUUGUAUUAUCAACCGCUGACUUUAAAACAAGAAAAGAAGCCGCUUGGGCAAUCACGAAUGCAACUUCUGGUGGAUCUUCAGAACAAAUACGCCAUCUUAUUAAACUGGGAUGUAUAAGUCCGCUGUGUGAUUUAUUAUCUAUUCAGGAGCCAAAGAUAUUAUUAGUCGCACUCAGUGGAUUGGAUAACAUUUUAAGGCUAGGGACUUUGGACGCUCAAAAUCAUGAAGACAAUCAUAAUCCUUAUGCUCUCAUGAUGGAAGAAUGUAGGGGAGUUGAUAAGCUGGAAUACCUACAAACACAUAGUAAUCAAGAGAUUUAUAAAAAAGCAUUUGAAAUGCUUGAAACAUUUUUUGCUAAGGACGAUGACUUGAAUUAAAUAUUCAAAAUAAAAAUUGUUUCCCUAUUGCUGCUGUUGGUAUAUCUUACACACACCGCUCUGCUCUGUGGUUUGACAGACUUCAAACCCCCUUACUUUUAAAAAAAAUGUUGCACAAAUUUUGAGCUGUUUGUGUCUUGUAAUAACUGACAUAAACCUCUAUUAUUGCUGUUUCGUUCUUAGGUAGUUUCUUUGGUUAUUUUUUUAUCCUUUCAUCCUAUAUUUUUGUUUUUGUCUUAUUUUAUUAACAGUAUCCAGAAUGCCUUUUUUUUUAUAUUUUUGCUUCAUUUUUCCAUAAUUAGUCAAAGAAGCAUUAUCAUGUUUUAUGCUAAUUAUUAGUAUUAUGAAUGUA